AUGCAAGACCUUUUGAUUAUAAGUGCUAGUGUAUCAGGAUUCUCAGAGAUUUGUCUCAUUCCUUCCGAAAAAAUGAAGCACUGCGAUUUUUUCAGUUAUUUUCACUUCAUUUUAUCAGGCGCUGGAUAUGUCUUAGGCCGAGAAGCCCUUCGUAGGUUUAUCGAGAAGGCAUUACAUAACGAAGCCAUUUGCGGAUCACGGAGAUACGGGGAGGAUUUUCAACUAGGCCGGUGUCUCCAGGCAGUCGGCGUCGCCAUCGUCGACACCCGCGACCACCGCCAGCAAGGACGGUUCUUUCAACAACAUGUCAGGCAAAUCUUGCAGAAUCCUGAUAUUCACUCACGCAUCGUUUACUAUCCGAUCAAAAAGGAUGGCAACCCAGACAGCUGUUGUUCCGACACUGUCAUCUCCUUCCACCAGAUGUCAGUCGCCGACCUUUAUAUGCUUGAUUACCUCAUCUACAAAGUCCGGGUCUUCGGGUACGUCCCUUCCCUGCCUUUAAAGGUCCCUCUCCCGCCUGACCUUGAAGGUGUCCCAAACAGGACGCUUCAAAAGUAUCUUCUGUAAGGGAGACUUCGCGUAAAUAAGUUUUUCUUUGCUUUGAAAAGCAUUGAGGUUUAAAAUUGGAUCAAUGGAAACACAAAAUUUCCUGUUAUUCAGAAAAUAGAUUACAAAUAAAAGAUGCAACGUCA